AUGGCUUCUAACCCUACCGUGUUCUUGGAUAUCACUAUUGGUACCGAAAAGAUAGGAAGAAUCGUCCUACAACUAUACAAUGAUUUGGCACCCAAAGCAGUGACCAACUUCCUCACUUUGAUCAACUCCCAUCAAUAUAAUGGUGUUUAUUUCCAUAGGGUCAUCAAAAACUUUGUAGUACAAGCUGGGGAUAUAAGGAACGCCAGAUUUGACGGUGAUGAGGGAGGACCUUAUCCAAACCCCGUGGCAGGCAAGUUCAACGAAUCAUCUUUUGAAGAUGAACCUCAUUUCAAUGUUGAAAAUACCACUGAACCAUUCGACAGACCUUUCAAACUUGCAAUGGCCAAUGACGGUAACCCUAAUUCCAAUGGAUGUCAGUUCUUUAUCAGCACCUACCCUCAACCUCACUUAUCGGGUAAAUAUACUAUUUUCGGGAAGGUAAUCCAUGGGAAAUCAGUGGUUAGAACCAUGGAAAGAGUUACUACUAAUUCUGAUGACGUACCAAUACAAGAGCAAAUCAUUACCAUUGCUGAUUCCGGCUUAUGGAAUGCUGCAUCGGACCCAAUCCCCAUCUAUAAUGCCAGCUACGAUCCUAUAGGCGGAGAUAUCUAUGAAGAAUAUCCUGGUGAUGAUGAAGGAAACUUUGAUGCUGAAAAACCCAUAGAAACUCUCAAGGCAAGUGAAAUAAUAAAGGAAAGCGGUACGUUACUCUAUAAAAAAGGUGAAAGGUCAUCUGCUGCUAUGAAAUAUAAAAAAUGUCUUCGAUACAUUGCGGAGUUUAUCCCAGAUGAAGAUCAAGAACCUCAAGUAUACAAAGGUUUCGUUGACUUGAAGAAGAAAACAUACCUAAACCUUUCUUUGGUAGAACUUCAGUUGAAACAUUACCCACAAGUAAUCCAGUACUCUGAUUGGCUAUUGGAACUCGAAGGUAUUAAAUUAACAAACCAAGAGUUGGCUAAAGCUUAUUACAGACGUGGCGUGGCCCUAUUGGAACAAAGAAAGUUGGAAAAUGCCUUAUCAUCAUUGAAACAAGCUCAUGGGUUUCUCCCUCAAGAUGAGGGUAUCAAAAGGGACCUUGAAAGAGCCGAGACUUCUUUGGAUUUAAAGAAACAGAAACAAAAGGCUAAAUUGGCUACAUUUUUCCAAUAA